GGCAACACCGUUAAGUGUGCGCUUCAACAACAGUCAGCGAUAUUCUGCAAGUUUACGCGGCGUGACUCCGACCGGCGAGCUAGUGCUCGCGCAACAAAAGUUGCGACGUUGCGAGGACAAGACGUGACGAGCACGAGUACCGCAUCCGCGACUGCCGCGAGUCUCAUGUGAUCGGUCGUGUCCUCGCGCGGAAGCUGCAGCAUCAUGGGCUUGAUCUCGGAUCCGCUUCUGUUCGCGAUUGCGCUAAUCGACACGGGCUGUGUGCUAUUUCUCUUGGUGUAUUACAUUAUAACACUGUCGGAUCUUGAGUGUGAUUAUCUGAACGCGCAAGAAUGUUGUUCCAAGUUAAAUAUGGGUGUUUUGCCAAAGUUAGUAGCACAUACGUUUCUGGUAUUUCUUUUGAUGAUACAUGGACAGUUGAUAUUGAUGCUGGUGAACCUACCAAUGACGCUUUGGUUGUUUUACGAGUACUUUAGCGUACCCAGCGGCAAUAUGGGGGUUUACGAUCCCACGGAGAUUCACAAUCGCAGUCAGCUGAAGAGAUACACCCGCGAUUGUAUGAUUCAUCUUGGAUAUUGCCUCGUGUUUUUUUUCAUUUAUCUUUAUUGCAUGAUUGUGGCAUUGCUCAAAGGAGAUCCCAUCAACAGGAACGACGAUACCAUAGUAGAGUUAUAAACAAGAGUAACUAAGGAGAGACGAGCCACGACCUGCGACUGGUUCGCGUUAUAUCAUACGGCCUUUCUUAUUGACUGUCUCGUCGAAAUGAAUCCCGAAUUGGCAAUAAGACGCUAUCGGAGCUGCGAGAAAAAAACAGUACACGGGAACACGAGAGACGUCAUCGUCAUCGUCAUCGUCUAUUUUAUAUUCGCGUGUUUGCCGUGUCAAGUUGACUCAGGUUUAAUGGCAGGUUUAAUGUCGGAUGAGAUUGGAUCGAUUUAAUGGGCGCGGUGGAGGUGAUUAGUCCAUUCUCCCUUCGCCGUGGAAGGGCGCGCGCCUGCUUAUUUUUAGAUCAAAUUCAAAGCGAAAUCUACAUAGUUGUUGCGGCGUACAUAUGUGUAUACGUGCGUGGCGCGCGCAACGGAUUUUUUCCAUCUCGCAUUCCCCGAAAAAUACGGCAUCCCCCGAUCAAAGGGAGUCGGUCAUCCGAGCCGUCCGGAUGCCCAUUUAAUUUCUCGUCGCUGCGUCGUCGUGCAAAUUGCUCGGAACUAAUGCAAAAUCGAUGCCGCUACGAUGAGCCGCCACUCGCGGCGGGAUCCCGGAAUUUGCGGAACGGAGAACCGCAAAUCGAUCCCCGCGCGUAUGUAUCCAACGAGGGGAUAAUAAUCGAAGAGGGUCGCGCAACCCUCCCCCGGUGCCGUUCUCUCUCGACGCUGUUCGCGCCCUCGUUAACGCUCGUUGGUCAAUCUUUUUCUCCACCUUUCUCGCGUACGUAGCCUUUUGUGUUCUCUCUCACUCUCUCUUUCUCUCCGCAAUCGCUUUUUAUGCGAGAAAAGCGACAGAGAAACGAGAAAGCAAUAUCGCAGUCACAACCGCGCCUUUUCCGCAGUGAAAAGACCGGAAAUUCCGGAGGAUGAAAGUGAAGGGAGAGACCUUUUUAAACAUAGGAAACCUGUAAUUUAAAUUGAGAGAAGGAUGACAGAAAAUCGAUUUGAAUCACAGAUUACUUAGCUUUAAAGAAUUUCUUUUCUAAAAAAAAAAAAAAGUUUUUUUUAAAUUUUGUAAUCCAGACUAAAAAUUAUUCGCGCGUAUUAAAUCGAAAAAUUUAUAAAAAAUAGCUUCUAAGAAGUUCAGGAUUCCAAUCAAACUUUUAAUUUAUCAAGUAAUAUAUAUGUAUAUUUUAUUGAUACCCAGAGCACACAAUUUCUAUAAAAUAUUUACGUAAUAUUUAUAAUAUUAAAAUAUUUAAAAGACAUUUUGAUAAAUAUUUUUAAAUAUUGUAAAUAUUGUGUGCUGUUUGAGUAUGUAUGGAAAUUAACUUUUUGCUGUUUGAAAGAAAUCAGAAUGCAGAGAGUGAUUAGAUCAAGAACGAGUUAUACAAAUUUUGCUGCGAGCAAUUCUGCUGAUUAAAUUAAUUAUCCCGAUCCUGUUGAUAGGAUGGUUUAAUGAAUCAAUUCGAGAUUAAAGCUUAUUUAUAUUAGUAAAACUGGA